CCAAACAGCAGCAGCAGCAGCACCCCGGGGCCCUUUGAUGGCCCCCAGUGGCCCCACCAGGCCCCCCGGGCCAUGUACCUGGGCGUGGCCGUGCUCAUGGGGCUGGUGGUGGCCUCGGCCUCGGUGCUCAACGGGCUGGUCAUCGUGGUGACCAUCAGGCACAAGAGGCUGCGCUCGCCCCUCAACUACAUCCUGGUGAACCUGGCCGUGGCCAACCUGCUGGUGACGCUCUGCGGCAGCUCCGUCAGCCUCUCCAACAACAUCCGCGGCUUCUUCGUCUUUGGGGAGCGCCUCUGCCAGCUGGAGGGCUUCAUGGUGUCCCUGACGGGCAUCGUGGGGCUGUGGUCCCUGGCCAUCCUGGCCUUGGAGAGGUACCUGGUGGUCUGCAGACCCUUGGGGGACUUUCGGUUCCAGCACCAGCACGCUGCCAGUGGCUGUGCCUUCACCUGGGGCUGGUCCCUGCUCUGGACAACCCCACCACUCCUGGGCUGGAGCAGCUACGUGCCUGAAGGCCUGAGAACCUCCUGCGGGCCCAACUGGUACACGGGUGGCAGCAACAACAGCAGCUACAUCCUGGCCUUGUUUGUCACCUGCUUUGUGGUGCCCCUCAGCCUGAUCCUCUUCUCCUACACCAACCUGCUGCUGACCCUGCGGGCGGCGGCGGCGCAGCAGCAGGAGUCGGACACGACGCAGCAGGCGGAGCGGGAGGUGACACGCAUGGUGGUGGCCAUGGUGGUGGCCUUCCUCACCUGCUGGCUGCCCUACACCACCUUUGCACUGGUGGUGGCCACCAACAAGGACAUUGUCAUCCAGCCAGCCCUGGCAUCCCUGCCCUCCUACUUCUCCAAGACGGCCACGGUUUACAACCCCAUCAUCUACGUCUUCAUGAACAAACAGUUCCAGAGCUGCCUGCUGGGAAUGCUGUGCUGUGGUUACCACCCCAGGGGCAUGGGGAAAACCUCUCCAGCUGCCCCCAGUCCCCAGGUGGCUGCAGAGGGGCUGAGGAACAAGGUGACACCGUCCCACCCCGUGUGA